AGUAAAGCCGCUUAAUCCCUAAUAAAUGGCAAAGCGCUCAGAAACAACACUACCUCUGAACCACAGUCACUCACACCUGGAUUUAUAAACGUUUCAGGAUUUUAAAGGAACUUCUAGGAUACUUUUUUCACCUUUAACAACUUUGAACAACAUUUCAGAGGCCAGCAGCAGCUCAUUGAGCCCAGGCAUGGCGGUUGACUCCGGACAGAUAGAACUGAACAGAUCCUCCAGGUUCUCUCCUCCGCAGGCGGCGUCCUGCUCACAUUGAACUGGGAGAUACCACAGCUGCCUGACAGACAGUCAAAAUGAUGGCCUCGGUGGUUGUCGGGGGCAAACGGAAGAAGUCCCUCACAUUGAGAGGGGUGGACCCGGAGACCUGCAUGAUUGUGUUUAAGAACCACUGGAUGCAGGUCGUAAAGAUUCUGGAGAAACACGAGCCGAGUCGCAGCACCUCCAGGGCCCUUAGCUUCCUCUCAGGUCACCAUGGUAACAACAGCAGCUCCCGAACGUUCCACCUGGGUCCGAUUCCCGCUGACGAGGCCAGCGCGGUGCAGAACUAUGUGGAGCACAUGCUGUUCCUGCUGAUGGAAGAAGAGUCAGGGCAAGAAGGAGCCAUGGGUCCCAUCCUGGAGUUUGUGGUUCUGGAAGGUGUGAUGGAGAGGCUGUUUCUGUGGAGCCUGAGGAGACAGUUCACUGAGGACAUGAAGCUGGAGCAGCUCAGGAUGUACCAGAUGCUCUUAUCUCAGGCCAAACAGCCUCUGCUGCACCACAAACCUGUUCUGCGGCCGCUCAUGAUGCUGCUCACUUCCUGUGCUGGAGCCGCAACUGACACCGGCGGUGUGGUGGAGGCGGAGCUGGUCUACCUCCUGCACCAGCUUUGUGUGGCUCUGGUCAAAGAUCCAUCUGUGCUGGAGCUUUUUUUCCACAGCAGUCAGGACCAAGGAGCUGCCAACUUCCUGCUCUUCUCCCUGCUCAUACAAUAUACACACAGACAGGGUCUGGUAGGCCAGCAGGCCCGGGAUGCUCUGCUGCUCAUCAUGUCUCUGUCAGCCUCAGAGCCCAGAGUUGCUCAGCACAUCGCAGAGAACACCUACUUCUGUCCUGUCUUAGCCACUGGUCUGUCUGGCCUGUACUCGUCUCUUCCAGCCAGACUGCAGGUUUACAGUGAAGACUGGCACUGCCUGGAGCCCGCAGACUGGCAGCAGGUUCCAGCUCUUGUACAUUUCCUGCACUCGCUGGACUUCUGCAGCGCUGUUGCCAAGGUGGCCCAUCCCUCCAUCCGCUCCCAGCUGUUGAGCUACAUUUACAACGGCUUCCUGGUUCCGGUUCUCGCUCCUGCUCUGCACAAGCUGACUGUGGAGGAGGUGAUGACCACCACAGCGUACCUGGACCUGUUCCUGCGCUCCAUCGCUGAGCCCGCCCUCCUUCACACCUUCCUGUCAUUCAUCCUGCUGCAUCGACACGACAACGUUCAGAUCCUGGACACGCUGGUCAGCAGGAUCAACACGCCUUUCCAGUUAGGUACUGUGUCUCUGGCUUUGUUCAGAACUCUUAUUGGACUCUUCUGUGAAGACGUUAUGCUGCAGCUGGUGUUCAGGUAUCUGAUUCCCUGUAACCACCUGAGCAGGAAGCAGCGCUGCUCCUUGAAGCAGAGAGACUGUUACUCCUCCAGCGCCGCCUCCUUCCUGCUCCUCAUGCCCUCCUGGUGCCCGGUGAACCUCAACUACACACAUUCACCCUCAGAGCACAUCCACUGGCCCAAAGGAGCAGAUCUGUCAGUUUCAGACAGUGUUGGUUACUGCCGAGGGUCAGACUUCCUGAUGGAUGUUAACUACAUCCAUUACCUCUGGGAUGCGCGCCAGGCCAUCUCCAUCUCCUACAGAGCCUGCAGGUUUUGGUCGGCGACAUACGAUGGCUUCGAUCCCCCGCCUCAGGAGUACCGAUCUGAAACGCCAGGGGAUGAUAUAGAAGACGAGGAGGAAUUCAUGCAACGAUUGAAGAGUGACUCUAUCUGCUCUGGGGUUGUCCUUCAUCCCCCUUCAGCUCUCUCUCCUACACCGUCAUCCUCAGACACCAUCUCCACUGGCAAUCAGGCAGGCAGGGUCAGCUCUGCCAUGGAGUUGGAAUGGGACGACAUUUUUGGAGAAGAGAGCAUCCCUUCCUCAUCAGCCGUCUUUAACUUUGCAAACGGAUGUGUGGAGUCGGACAGAUCUAGGUUUUCACCUGUACCUCCACCCCUGCUGCCGCCUCAGCACAUCCAGGAAAUGAGACUCACGGCGACCAAGCUGGUGCGUGGCGCGUACGUGGAGGAAUCAGAGUUUCAGGACGACGUCAUCGUCUACGACCUUGUUGCUCAAAAGGACACAAAGGCAGCCAUAUUUGAGCGGAUUAAGGCCGCAAACAGACAGUUUCGUGAAAGCUUCUCCUAUAAACGUAGAGUAUCCACGGCAACAGUACCAACAACAUCAACCCCAAUAGUGAUGGAGACGGUUAACAGCAUCUUGUCAACACGGAGGAGGAGUGAAGAUGGCGGUAAAGAGGAAAGAAGCAAAACAGAAGAGUUUGAGGGAUUAGUGAGGAGGAAAAGUGAGGAGUUUUGGAAUGGAACAAAGGAAAAGGAAGAUGAAGGGAUUAACGUAACUGAUGGGAAGAAUCACAUCAUCAGCAAAUUUGAUGAUUCUAAACAAGAAACAAAUUCUUCAACUCAAAACUGCUUCUGGAAAGACAUCCAAAUUUGUAGCAGUAACACCAAUACAACACAUGAGAAGGAGACACAUCCCAAAACUGGCCUCACUACUCCUUUUGAGUCAAAUAUCAUCACAAACGGACAUUUAAAAACAGAAUCACUUUCUUUUUAUAAGACAAACACCCCAAACACAGUGCCUGCUGGUAACGGAUUCACCAAGGAUGACUUCUUGUCCCAAUACUACGAGCUCAUGCUCUCUUUAGGGGUGGAGCCUGACGGCGAGGACAUUACAGAUGACAUCGGUACGUUCAGGAGACGUGUUCGAGCUCUGAGGCAAAAACUGGCGGAGGAGGACGAGCAGCUUUUCAUAGACUUUGGUUUGAGCUGCGCAUUGGAUUACGCAGAGCAGGAGGGAGAAAUAGAAGCCAUGGAAGAGGAGGAGGAGGAGAAGAACGGAGGAAAGAAACAAGGGGUUCCAUUCACAGGUCCCUUCAUCAGCGUCCUGUUGUCCCGACUGGAGAACCUCCUGGAAAACUCCAUAGCAGUCAACCUCUUGGUCACAGGGAUCCUAGCCCAGCUAGCAUCGUACCCCCAGCCUCUACUGAGGUCCUUCCUACUCAGCACAGAAACACACAACCAGCACAGCGUACGGACUUUAUACCAGGUGUUGGUUUCAGUGCAUGCUCAGAUCGAGCACUAUGUGGAGGAAAGACCUGAAUAUCCCUCUCUGGUCACCCAGGCUUGGAGGUUCUUGCUCGUUAAAGACCAGGAUGGCAAAUUUAGAGAGGCCCUCCAGUCUCAGGGCGGGGACAUCAUCCUGGAUCCAUCUCUACCCAACGGCUCAGUGAGAAACGCCCUGCCUUUGCCUCCCCUCAGUGUCUUACCCCCGUGCCCCCCCAUCCCUCCUCAAGCCAAGAGCCGAGUGUUUGCCAUCAUUCUGUACGCCGAGUUCCUGAAGGAGCUGGCAGCCAUCGCCCAGGAGCACAGCAUCGCUCUGGACUGUUGUUCAGAGGAAUAAUGCACUCGUCUACUGUUAUGAAGAUCUGCACUGGACUAAAAUCACAUCUUAGGAGCUGAUCACAAAUCACUGGAAAACUUCUCAAACCAACCUGUAGAUUUAUGCAACUUAUGUGGACUAUAUUACCUUAAAUUAUUCUAUUAUUUGCAAAUCUUCAUGUAAACUUUCUUUUUUGCCUGA